UGUACCGGUUCUUUGUUCGCAGAGAUGGAUAUUGGCGUACAUUGGGUUCCUUGGCUUUGGCGUUGUCUAUUCUUUACGAGUAAACAUAAGUGUCGCUGUCGUCUGCAUGGUGAAGCCGACAAAUUUAGUGGAUGUUGACCUAAAUAUUACUAAUUUUACGACUGCCAUACCUACAGAUGUUGCAUGCAUUGAGGAAACGAAGGCAGCUUCGCACUCUAGUGAUAGAGCAGAGCUUGAAUGGAGUACAGAAACCAAAUCGUCUAUUCUGGCUUCGUUUUUCUACGGAUAUAUAGUGACACAGGUUCCCGGCGGAUGGCUUGCAGAUAGGUAUGGUGGAAAAAGGGUAUUAUUUGUGACGAUAUUGUUGUCGUCGGUGUUGACGGUACUGAUGCCAGUAUGUGCUCGAACAAGCGUCUACCUGGUGUACACUGUCAGAGUGUUGCUUGGCCUUCUUACGUCAACUAAUUUCCCAGCAAUGCACGCUAUGUGGGGUAGAUGGGCACCGAAGUUGGAGAGAAGCAAACUAACUAUGUUGUGCUAUGCAGGUACAACACUCGGCAAUGUUUUGACGUUUAGUACAUCCGGUUUACUGUGUGCAUACGGUUUUGAUAACGGCUGGGGAUCGAUUUUCUACGUAACAGGCGGCCUGGGCAUUUUGUGGUCCUUGGCUUGGCUAUAUUUAGCAGCAGACACUCCGGCGUCUCAUCCAAGAAUUGAAAAGGAAGAACUUAAAUAUAUAACAAGAAACGUGGAAUAUGAUACUGAAAAACGGUCUACUUCGGUUCCAUGGUUAUCUAUGGCCAAGUCCCCGUGUCUUUGGGCGUGUCUCACAGCGCACGUGUGCAAUAACUGGACAAACUAUACACUCCUAACCAAUAUUCCAACAUUUAUGAAAGAGGUUCUCAAAUUCGAUAUAAAAGCGAAUGGAGCGUUAUCCGCUGUUCCAUACAUUUGCAUGUUUUUCUCUGCCAUAUUUGCCGGACAGUUUGCAGAUUUUCUUCGGUCACGUAAGAUCCUGUCGACUACAUUAACACGGAAAUCUUUCCAAGCAUUUGGAUUUGCCGGCGCCGGCGGUUGCUUGAUUGGGACUGGAUUCUGUAACUGUGAACACCGUGCCCUAGCUGUAGCUUUACUAUCCCUUGCUGUAAUGUUCACAGGGGUCAGUAGAGCUGGGUACGGAGUUAAUCAUGUAGAUUUUGCUCCAAAGUAUGCAGGUGUUUUGUAUGGAAUUACAAACACCAUGGCAACCAUACCGGGCAUGACAGCGCCUUUAUUAGCUGGAUAUCUCACACCUAAUAAUACUCCCGAAGAAUGGAGAAAUGUGUUUUACGUUUGUGCUGGAUUUGAUGCUUUUGGUAUUCUUAUAUUUUGUUUGUUCGGGUCUGGGGAGUUACAGGACUGGGCGAAAGAUCAAGACUUUGAAGUGGAGAUUCCGGUGAAAUCGCCCAAGGGCAACGAGACGAGAAAAGCCGAAUUGGAAAAUGAUAAUAAUGUGAAAAUAAGUUUAAACAUUGGAGAAAUUAACUAUGGAUUUGAAGAACAGAAAUUGUAAAUUCAUAUUUUGUUUUAAGACAUAUCAUAUAUGCCUUAAAAAGUAGAAAAGGCCGAUUACGGUUUUAAUGUGCGACCUUGCACGCUUCUUUGCAGGAAAUUCCAUUUAUUGUUACAAACAUCAUUCUAAUAGUGUGAUAAAAAGAAUUGUCUUAACUCGGAGUCAGUAAAACACUGCUCUCUUAACCUUUAGCCUUUCUUAAAUGGACUGAUCAAUACCACUUAUUAUUCGAAGGGAUGUUCACUGAAAAGCGAACAGUGCAGACCAUGCAGACCAUGGUCAGCUGAUCUUGGUCUGCUCUGGUCGCGAAGGCAAAAUCACUUGCCGCCAGCAGGCUAAAGGUUAAAACUGCUGACAUUUUUAACUAACAACAAAUCUCGAAUAUAUGUGCAUACCUAUAAAAUUGCGAGAUUUCUAUUUUGUGGAAUGAAACUAAGUUUUUGUUAUAGUUAGAAAAUAGCUGAUACAAUGUACCUAAUGUUUUAAAUGUUAUAUUCAAAACCGACUUUAAAUAAGGUACCUUGUAUUUUGCAUUUUUAUAUACACCAUUUAUUUAUGGCAAUAUUUCAUUCUUGCAACAUGCAUGCAAAUAUUUUAAUAUUCAUAUAUUGCUAUUCAUUAAAACGGGUUAGUUUUUUCUUGUGACGCGACGAUUGUCGCAUUUGGUAACGGUUUAUCUGCCUGCAAGGUUGUUUCUAGUCGCCUCGGGAAAUACUAGGGCAAGCCAUGCAAUAAGUAUUUCAAUCUAGCAGAAUUUUGAUGGAAUUAUUAAAGGUAAGCUACGGUUAAUGUAUUUAAACAUCAACAAUUCUUUAAGUCCAUCAAUUCAAA